AUGUGGACGCGAAGUACAAAUGCACAAACUGGACAGGCAAGGAGUGGCGCCGGAUCGUGCACCGGCAGUGCGGGGCGAAGGCGCGACUCCGGCUCUGCACACAACGAGCGGUACUACGAGGAGGCCGAGCGCGAGAGACGAGUGCGCAAACGCCGGGCCCGCCUUCAUACUGCAGCCGAAGAUGCUUUCGCGCAUGUUCGGAGAGUUCGCCUCUCUGCUAACGGUGGCGCGUUGGGCCCCCGCGAGGCGGCGCAGGCCGUCUUCCCAUCUCUGGCACGCGCGCUGCAGAAAUAUUUGCGAGCGACCCGACAACAGCCGCGUCAUUCUGCCGAUUCGGUACUGGCUCACCUGGCACGCUGCCUGUCGCAAGAUGCGUCCCCUCGGGCGUUCCUGGAGCCCUUCCUAGUGGAAGGACCCGUCUUGGCCGCCGAACAAGAAGCUCGCACGACUCAGCGCUGGUCCCUCAUAUCGGAUGAGCUCUUGGCUCGACCGUUGGCCGACAACAUCGAGUUUCAACUGCGCCAAGGAGACAUCUCGCUCAUAUGCUCAGUGAGGCAGCUGCCGAAGUUCAAUCUGAGCGAAGAGGUGGUGGACCCGAAGAGCAACCGCUUCGUUCUACGGUUGAACAGUGAGACAUCGGUUUGA